AUGAGUGACGACUCAAACGGGGUGCCAACACCCGGCUCACCCGAACAAUAUGCCAUUGGUAUCUCCUUCGGUAAUUCGUACAGUUCGAUAGCCCAUAUUUCGGGCGAGGGCAAAGUCGAAGUUAUUGCCAAUGAAGAAGGCGAUCGACAAAUUCCUUCCAUCCUAUCGUACAUCGACGGCGAAGAAUACCACGGAACUCAAGCCAAGUCGCAGCUGGUUCGAAAUAGCAAGAACACAGUCGCAUACUUUAGAGAUUACAUUGGAAAAGAAUACAAAUCAAUAGACCCAACCCCAUGCCAUGCAUCUGCACACCCGAUAGAAAGCAAUGGCGUUAUUGCAUUCUCAGUUCAAGACACGGAGAGUGCAACAGCCAACGACGUUACGGUGCCCGAGAUCGCCAUACGUCACUUGCGCCGACUCAAAAACUCAGCGACCGACUUUUCUGGAAAGGCUGUGACUGCUGCGGUGGUUGCAGUACCAACUGAUGCCAAUGAGGAGCAGAAGACUGCCAUCACAAAGGCUGCCGCAAACAUUCAAGUUGAGGUCCUGCAGUAUAUCCCCGAACCUAUUGCUGCCCUGUUGGCAUAUGACUCCCGCUCAACGGAGCCUGCUACCGAUAAGAUAGUCCUUGUCGCUGACUUCGGAGGCAACCGAUCUGACGCAGCCAUCAUUGCAUCAAGAGGUGGUAUGUACAGCAUUCUAGCUACCGCUCACGACUACGAGCUCGGUGGUGCACAACUAGAUCAGAUCUUGAUUGAUCAUUUUGCAAAAGAGUUUGAGAAGAAACAUAAAUCGGAUCCUCGGAAGAACGAACGAAGCCUGGCAAAAUUGAAGUUGGAGGCGGAAGCCGUGAAGAAGGCUCUCAGUCUAAGCAGCAGUGCGACUUUCAGCGUUGAAAGUCUUGCUGAUGGCGUUGAUUUCAGAUCUACUAUCAACCGGAGUCGUUACGAAAUCUCAGCAUUCAAGGUCUUUGGCCGAUUCACCCGACUGGUUGAAGAAGUGGUCAAGAAGGCCGAGCUUGAUGUGCUUGACGUUGAUGAGGUCAUUCUUUCUGGAGGAACAUCUCAUACACCCAAGAUCGCCAAGAAUAUCCAGGCCAUCUUCCCGGAAUCUACACAAGUGUUGGCACCUGCCACCACGCCUUCCUCGUUGAACCCCUCAGAGUUAUCAGCUCGAGGUGCCGCUCUACAAGCGUCUCUGAUCCAAGAAUUCGAAAAGGAGGAUAUCGAGCAAUCCACGCACGAGAUGGUCACUGUGACACCUCAUAUCACUAAAGCAAUAGGAUACCAAGUGACAGGCCAAUCUUCAGACUCGUUCACCGUGAUCGUGCCCCCUGACACGGCAGUACCUGCACGGAGAACAACUGUCAUCGAUGGACUCGAGGGUGACGUGCUCAUUCGCGUUUGCGACGCCGAGCGGGAUAUUAAGGUGACAAAACCCGAGCCGACCGCGAAACCUGAAGCAAACGGCGCCAAGGAUAGUGACGAUGAAGACUCAGACGACGAGGAUGACGAGCCCGAAGAAACCCGGGAGAAAGUGUGGAAGGUCAAGCAAGCGCUUGCAGAAUUCGUGUUCAAGGGCCUCAAGAAAGGCUCCAAGGUCGAAGUAACUGCCAAUGUGGAUGUCGACAUUGCGUUGAACUUGUCAGCCAGACAUCUCAGUGGUAAGGGUGGUGUGAGAGGUGAGAUCAAAGCUGCAGAAGUCACAGAGAAUGGGAGUGCUUAG